AUUCGUUUAAACUUAAAUGUCUGCAUAUGAAUGUUUUGCUCAUUAUCCUUCAGAAGGAACAAACUUUCAGAUUGACAAAGCAUUCCCGCGCUAAAUAAUAACUUUUCUGAUGCGUUAAUUAAUUAUGAAUGGACGGAUUUUAAAGGGGAAAUCGAUAUACGAGCGAUCAGAAGGAUAAUGGUGAUUGGUCAUUCCGUUAUUGCGUCUCUGAAUAGCUAACCAAUGGGCUUAGAGGUCUCACCCGGUUGUUGUCGCGGGAACUUUAUGGAGCUAUGAACACAAAACACUUAUUAGCUGCUACUGUAGUAUAACAGUUUGUAAACCACCAGCCAUGCAUGUGUAGCUAGUUAUACAUGCAUCACACUGACUAAAUAUUUCGGUGGAAUGCAGAUAGGAUGGCUAGCUAGAAGACACUGUUGCCAGCUAUAGCUAGGUGGCUUAUGCUUACUUAACUAAAGCCAGCUAGCUAGCUAGGUGGCUAACGAUAACUAAAGCCAGUUAGCUAAUCAGCUUAGAUAGCUAGUUACCAUGCUAGCUAGCUACAACCAAAUCCUUUUUAUAACUGCUACAACUGUCAAGGCUAGCUACCUAGCGAAAUACACUAGCUAAAUAAGCAAGCUCGACAAUCUUGUGAAAAACUACAUCUACGUUGGUUGCCUAGGUAACUAGCUAGUUAGGAAGUUAAUUAAAGGUUGAAUCGCAAACGUCUCACUAUUAUUAUCCUGCCACUGUUAUCCUCCCAUUUUUUUAGGCAAGAUACAGGUAGCCACCCUAGCUACUUACAGGUAGCUAGCUAGUUACCUAUCAUCUUUGACUGGAAGCAUGGCACAUCGACUGACGAAAGAUGAGCUUGAUGAACAGUUCGAGCAGUUUUUGAAAGAGUCUGUCUCAGAUGACUCAGUGGAUUUGGGUGGCGGUGCUAUGCGCUCCAGUGUUCUGGACAGCUUGGGCAGAGCCUCUCAGAAACCACCACCAAAGAAGACAUCAGCUGCCCCUGUGCCGUGGUGGCAGGAGGAUGACAGCGAAGAGACACCUGGCAGAGAGGCUGCCAAACGCAGGUUCACUAAACCCAAAAAGCCCCAGCAGCAGGCUGUGGUGAAAACUCAGGAGGAUGAGAGUGAGAGCAGCCCAAUGAAAAGCACCCCUCAGGCUGUCACAGUGGAAGCCCCCACAAGGCCCACACCCAAACCUCGCAGCAAAACUCUGGAUAGGCUCAGUCAGCUGGACCUGGUCCCUGGAGCCAAUCAGGAUGCUUCUUCUCACAUUGCUGCGGGGACGGAAAAUAACAGCCCAGAACACGACUCCUCCCACUCUGCCAGGCAGUGGAGCCCUCCCAUGAACGAGAGCUCCCGUAAUGCAUCAGGAGAGGGGAGUCCUGAGGAGAGUACCUCUCUCCGCGACACACCAGUGGACAGUCACAGCAGUGAUAGUGACUCACAGAGUCUUGAAGAGGGAUUGCUGAGAUCUGAGAAGACGUUCUGUAAGUCUCUGAGAAGAUCCCAGCCCAUCCAGGAGGAGGAAGAGGAGCUGCAGCAUCAGGGAGUAGAGAGGGGUUUGGAUGAGGAGGGGGGGGCAGAGCCUGUCAUCUUCAGCAGAGACAGUCUGGAGCCUGAGGACUCUGUGAUGGCGUCCGGACCAGGUCAGAACGCUGCAGUGGGUCUUGGUCUGGGCAUGGACAGCCUGGAGGAGGAAGAGGAGAAGGCCCGCUUCUUUGCCCACCUGGAGGGAGGUGUGUCCUCCACCAUAGACUACUCCAGACUCAACAAAGAUCUGGAUUCCACCAGCGCCUCCACCACCGCUACCACCCUCAGGAAGGCGGCUGUGGCGGGGGUCGAUCAGAGAGAGGAGGAGAGAGCUAUGGAGUCUGACCGACUCUCCCCAGCCUCCCCCCACUACAGUGAGGAUGAGGACUUUGAAGAUGAGGUCAUUGAGGAGGAGCCUAAAAGGCCUGCCAUGCUCACCAAAGUGUCCCUCCAUGAUUCUCUGGACUCGACCGGUGAACUCCUGCCCCCUGGAGCGGACAGUGACACCAGGGAGGAACCAGGGAGCAACCAGGGAGCAGAGUCCAUCGAGACGGCACUACCAGCCCAGUCGUAUGGCCAGAGUGGGGCCAGUGAGAUGGAGGCUCUACAGGAGGCCUACAGACAGAUCAGUGGCUCUCUGGAGGACUCAGAACAUCAUCACCACCCUUCAUCACCAGUCAGGAGGGAGAGGAGGAAGAGUAAUCCUGUUCCUGUCUCUCCCUCUGUACCUGAACUCUCCAGAGGAACACUACUAGCACCAGUCUCCACCACAGAGUCAGAGCUGCCCACUGCAGAGGAGCUGAUGCGUCCCAUCCGACCAGACAGCAUGGACGACACAAGAGGCUUCACUCUGCAACCUGCUAGUGGGAUCCAGUUCACCUCAGAGAAGACUGGCCAGUCCUUAUGCCAUAGAUCCCGUGAGUCAAGCCCAAGACGCUCAGCAGAGCCAGACACUCCUCCGGCCUCCCCAGGCCCCCGUCCCAGAAGCAUCAGAGAGGAGGUACAGAGGCUGAUGAAGCAGGAUCAGGACAGCUCCUCCCCUGACCUGACUUCCACUAACCCCAGCAAUAAGAGAAGACUGCAGGUUCCUGGACGCUCUACGGUACCUGGUCCCUUCACAUCCUCGUUGAGGAAGCCUUAUGUUUCCCCUGGCAGAGGUAGAGUGGAGAGUAAACCAUCAGCCGUGCCCACCAAGACCUCUGGAGCAAGGAAAUCUGGUCCUACCAGACCUGGGGCUGUAGCCAAGCCCCCCUCUCCUCUAACCCAGAGGAAGCCUCUCAGCCAGACAACAUACCAGAGCCUCAGCCCCCUCCUCUCAGAGACAGAUAAAGACUGUGGUGGUCUGAGGGUGAGCAGUGAGCUGGUGGCAGGGGUUCAGUCCUUCGCUGCCUUCCUCCAGCAACAACAUCGGAUGGAGACGAGAGGUCGCCAGGAUACCAGUCACACGGUCUCCUGGGAAACCAAAGGUCAACAGGAAGCCAGCCAGACUCAGACUGAGUGUCCAUCAGAGAGGAAAAGUGAGCCCAGGGAGGAGGGCAGGUCUGGGGAGGUGGAGGAGAGCCCCCUAGUGUCCAGGCUGAGACUGCAGCUAGCCCAGAGGGAGAGAGAGCUCCACACCAGAGAGGAAGAGCUACUGCUGCAGCAUGACACAGAGGUCAGCUCACUGAGACAGGAGAACUACCUCCUGCAGAGCAAGCUGCACAGUACAGAGGAGGCCAACAGCAGGAAGAAGGGCCGGUUGGGUCGCGGUCUGGACGGGCCCUUGGACCCCCUCACGGAGGACAAACUCAGACUGAUAGAGAAAGAGGUGAAGGAACAGGAGACCAUCAUCCAGGGAUACCAGCAGGAGAAUGAGAAGUUGUACCUGCAGAUGAAGGCUCUUCAGGCUCAGAGUAAACUCAAUGAAGAGGCCAUGUUCACAGAGAACCAGAGGCUGUUAAAUGAACUGGCCCUUACCAAGGAGCAGAUGAGCAACUCGCCGAGGACAGUGGGUAAUGUAGGCUGUGUGGCCCAUAUUGAACGCAUCACACAGCUGCUGGGCCAGAUGCAGGCAGCACAGAGGACUGAAGAGAGACUGGUGGAGGAGACCCACAGGCUGAAGCAGGAGAAACAGGCCCUGGAGGUGGACCUUGAAAUGAUGAGGAAAGAGAGAGACCUGGCCAAAGCGCAGGUCGUCAACACCUCAGGGGAUAAGAGCUUUGAGCUGCAGGUGGCAGAGGACAGGCAUAAGGAGGAGGUGUGUGGUCUGAAGAAGAGGCUCCAGUGGUAUGCUGAGAACCAGGAGCUGCUGGACAGAGACUCUGCCAGACUGAGGGCUGCCACCGCAGACACACUCAAACUCACAGAGCAGGUGGAAAAGCUGAAGAUGGAGGUGGGAAAGAGAGCCAAUCAGAGUAAGACUAAAGAGAGAGCUGGAGACGCUAAGAGGAUACAGGACCUAGAACGACAGGUGAAGGAGAUGGAGAAGAUUCUCAGACAGAGGAACCCUAACUCCCUCCCAGCGCUCAUCUACGCUGCAGCCAACGCACCUGCAGUGGAUGAGGAUGGAGGGGCCAAGAGCUCCCCGCCCACUCAGACCAGGGCCCUAUUGGAGCGGCGCAUCCAGAGGCUGGAGGCGGAGCUAGAGAGCCGUGACGACGAGGCCAAACGCAGCCUCCGAGCCAUGGAACAGCAGUACCAGCGGAUUAAGCUCCAGUAUGAGCAGCAGAUCAGUGAUCUGGAGCAGCGGUUAACCCAGAAACACCCGGUCCAGACCGGGUCACCUGGGGUCUGGCAGGCCCAGGUCUGCUCCCUGCAGCAGGAACUAGAUCUCCUGAAGGAGAACCAUCAGAGUAGAGGGAGAACCCUACAGGCUGAGGUCCACUCCCUACAGGAGCAGCUCACACAACAGGCACAGUCUACCACCGAGCCAGAGAGAGCCCCCCAACGCAGCCCGUCCCGACAUCAGCGCCAAGCAGAGACGGCCCUGGGGGUCCGGAUAGAGAGACUCAACCAGGAGCUGUCAGCCAAGACCCGCAGCGUCCAGGAGCUGAGCCGCACCGUGGAGAGACUCCAGAGGGAGAGGAAGACCAUGCUGUGUGGCCCUGGCCCCAGAUCCGAGGGCCGUGUUGGGCCUGGGGAGGCCAGGCGGCAGGCGGCCGGGUCCAAAGGACCCAUGGUGGUGGUGGUGGCUACCCCAGGGGAGAGGGGAGGCACGGUGGGAGAGACCGCAACGUUCCCUCCCACUCAGGAUGAGAAGGACUACCAGCCCACAGCGUUCUCUGGGAGCCACAUCUCAGAGGUGCUGCAGGAGAGCGAGGGGUUAAGGCUGCGUCUGGAGCAGCUGGAGCUGCAGAGGGACAAGGAGAGGGUGGUACUGCAAGCUGCAGCCGCACAGGCCCAGGCCGAGCUGCGCAGGGUACAGCAGCAUUCAGCAGAGCAGGUGUCCUCGCUCAGGGCUGACCAUCAGAGGGAGCUGGAGAGCCUGCUUACCGGCCACGCCCUCGCCCACUCCUCCUCUAAAGUGGCCGAACUGACCAAUCAGGUGACCGCGCAGGAGAUCAUGGUUCAGCAUCUGCGUGACCAGGUGAAGGAACUGCAGGGGACCAAGGAUGCUCUGGCUGUGUCCAAGCUGAGGGAGGACACCCAACAGAACCAGCUGACAAGGCUGUUGGAGGAGCUGAAGCAGGCCAAGGAGUGCCACAGCCCAGAGCUCCGACACUUCACUAGCCUGGAGAGAAAGAUCCACAGCAUGGAGCUACGACACACUCAGAGGGAGAAAGAGCUCCAGCAGGUGAUGGGUCAGACUCGGCUGGUGGUGGAGGCUGAGCAGCAGUCUGAGGUGGAGCGUUGGAGGAGGCUGGCUCAGGGGAAAACCCGGGAGCUGGAGGUCUUCCGUCUGGAACUGGACUCUAUCCUGGACGUCUUGAGAGAACUUCAGAGACAGGGAGUGGUCAUCCCUGCUCCGGACCAGGCUUCUGCUGUACCUUUCAGCUGGAGGACCUGAAACAUGGGACAUAGGCUCUUUCUAAUUACUUACAAAUCUGUCCUCAUCUUGUCUGAUCUGAAAGAAUUGACCAGGCUAAAGCCAGCUUAAUGAUGAGCUUGCACUAUUUAAGUCUUUUUUUUGUUCAGUGCAGAUAAAGGGGAGAGGGGGGAUUUGUAAGCAAUUGAGAGCCAACUCACACAUCCUUUAGGAGAACCCAUCAUUGUGCUGAACAAUCAGGUUAUUUCUUUUUGUAGAUUUGUAUUUUUAUACUUGAUGAUUUUAAAUGUAUUAAGUUAUUCAAUGUGUGUUACAAUAUUUUUCUAUUUUGUAUAAUUUCUUCCUGUGUGUUUUUGAAUUUGUAACAAGUAAAGCACAAAGAUAAAAACAUCUCAAA